AUGUUGAGGAAGGGCUCAGAGCAGGUGAAGGGAGACAGAGUGGUCCUCCUGGAUCUGAAUGUGGGAGAAGCACAAACCACAGACAGCUAUGGGAGUCUGCAAAACGGGAGCUUCAUCCCGCCUAGAUAUCUUUCAGCCGCAGCUGCUGACGAAGAUAUGGAUGGUGAUGAUCCCAUGUAUUCUUACUGUAACACAAGAAGUAACCAGCCAGUUCCACAGCUGGGGAAUUACUUCAGAGAUGGAAGAACCAAAAUCGACUUUGUACUCGUAUGGGAGAUCCGCUCGCGGAGGAAACGUCGAGGGAAGGGGAAGAGCGAGGUGACAGGUGGGGAGGUGGAAGCAGCGCCCACCGAGGAGAACAGCAGGUCUGAACGAAGGAAGGCACAGCUGGCACUGUGGAGGGAGAAGUUUGUUCAGAAUCUGGAGAGUGCUGGAUUGCUCAUGGAAAAGGAGGAAACAGCGAAUGAAAAGAAAACAAUACAUUUUCUAAAACUUAGCGCUCCUUGGGACGUGUUGGUGUAUUACGCUGAGGAACUCUGUCUGAGAGCUCCAUUGCAGGCACAGCAAAAUCUGGACUUAAACACAUCUGCCCGGGUACUGAAAAAACUAUGCAUACCUAACAUAAUGACAGACUCAGUGCCAAACAGGCCGCUGGACUAUUACACAUGUGCCUUUCGCAAGUCAAAGAUGAGCAGGUUCCUUGGCGGUGACGACCAUGAAACCUACUUCACUAAUACACAGAGACACCGUGUUGUGUAUGAGAUUCUUGCCAAGACAGUGUACGGCAAAAGGAAGAGGGCUGAAGUUGGUGUGGACCGACUGGUUAAUGAAGGGGUGUACAAAGCAGCUUUCCCCCUGCACGAGGGCCCUUUUCGGCUUCCAAAGUAUGAGAUUCGUCCUGACGAACUGAACCAGAGGCAGAUUCUUUACCACUACUGGGCCCGCUGGUGCAAAUGGUACAAGUACCAACCACUGGACCACAUCAGGGAGUACUUUGGGGAGAAGAUUGCACUCUACUUUGCCUGGCUGGGUUUCUACACAGCCUGGCUGCUGCCGGCGGCAGUGGUUGGAACCCUGGUCUUUGUGUCUGGAGUCAUGUCCAUGGGUACCAACACACCAGCUAAGGACAUCUGUAACAGCGGAGCUAGUUAUCUGAUGUGUCCUCUCUGUAAUACAUGCAAGGCCUGGAACAUGUCUGAUAUCUGCACAAUGGCCAAGUUGGGUUACUUAUUUGACCACCCAGGUACAGUCUUCUUCAGUGUGUUCAUGUCCUUCUGGGCCGUAACCUUCCUGGAGUACUGGAAGCGCAAGAUGGCCACCCUGGCCCAUCACUGGGACUGCAUGGACUUCCAUGAAGAAGAGGAGCGUCCUCGUCCAGAGUUUGCGGCCAUGGCCCCGACUAUGGAGCCAAAUCCAGUGACUGGGGUGAAAGAGCCCUACUUUCCAGAGAAGACCAGGUUUGCCCGCAUGUUCACUGGCUCCAUGGUCAUCAUUAUGAUGCUGUGUGUGGUAAUGAUCUUCCUGGUGACGGUGGUCAUGUGCCGUGGUAUCAUCAGCUUGAUGAUGUUUCGUACUGGGAGCCCCAUCCUGCGUACAGAGGCUGGGACCAUAGCCAACAUCUCCAGCAGUAUUGUGAGUCUGGGCCUUAUCUUGUUGAUGGGGCAGGUCUACACUGCAUUAGCUGAGCAGCUCACUAAAUGGGAGAUGCAUAGAACACAAACCCAGUAUGACAACGCUUUCAUCUUCAAGGUGUUCAUCUUCCAGUUUGUCAACUUCUACUCAUCCCCCUUCUAUGUGGCUUUUUUUAAAGGAAGGUUUGUGGGUUACCCCACAAACUAUGGGACCUUGUUUGGGAUGAGAAAUGAAGAUUGUGGUCCCGGGGGUUGCCUUAUUGAACUGGCUGAGCAACUCUUCAUCAUCAUGGUGGGAAAGCAACUCAUCAACAACAUUCAGGAGUUCAUUAUCCCUAAAGUGAAGGCUUGGCGCCAGAAGAGAACUUUGGCCAAGGUGCUGGGUGAUAAGGCAUCCCAUGAGCCUCAGCGCUGGGAAGAAGACUACCAGCUGGUGGAGUGUGAAGGCCUGUUCGAAGAGUACCUGGAGAUGGUGCUUCAGUUUGGGUUCAUCACCAUCUUUGUGGCAGCGUUCCCCCUCGCUCCGCUCUUCGCCCUCCUCAACAACUGGGUGGAAAUCCGUCUGGACGCCCAUAAGUUUGCGUGCGAGUACCGCCGGCCCGUAGCAGAGCGUGCCCAGAACAUCGGAGUCUGGUUCAACAUACUGGAAGCCCUGUCACACCUGUCCGUCAUCGCCAAUGCUUUCCUAAUAGCCUUCACAUCAGAUUUUCUACCUCGACUGCUCUACCAGUACAAGUUUGAUUAUGAUCUCAAAGGAUACGUCAACUUCACCUUGGCUUACGCUCCACUUAACUACACUGAGUACCCCAUGUGCAGAUAUAAAGCGUACAGAGACAACGAUGGAAACUACUCACUGUUCUACUGGGAGCUUCUUGCCGUCAGACUUGGUUUUAUCAUUGCUUUCGAGCAUGUGGUGUUCUUCGUGCUGCGAGCCAUUGACUGGAUCGUGCCGGAUGUCCCAGAAUCCCUGGAGCUGAAGAUCAAGAGGGAGCACUACCUGGCCAAGCAGGCUCUUGCUGAAAACCAAGAGGCUCUGUUGGUGAGUCGAGGCCGAGGGCCCGCCCCUGGCACUCCAGACACCUCCAGCCCAGUCAUGUUGCUGGAUCAGGCCAGGUGA